AUGGAGCAAUUUGAGCCCCCCAAAGCUCAUCUUGAGCACGUCAGCAACGAUCUGCAGCUGGAGUGUGAGAGUGCGGUUCUGAGCUGUUUCCCAGACAUGUGCCCAGACCAUCUGAAGGAACUCGCUGCCCAGUACCAGUGGGAACAUGCCCAACUUAUCACUGCCGUUCUGGAUUCUAUGGAAAGGGGUAUCUCGUAUCCGAAGCGGGCCAAGUUGCUCAAACGAAAGCGCAACGUGGAGGAGAAAAAGGACGACUCUGGAGGUGCCGAGAAACGCAAGAAAUUGCUCACGGUCGAGUUCCCCUUCAUUUAUGUACACGACCUGCAGAAGGUUCUCAAAGAGAAAAAUGAGUACCUUUUCCAAACUUACAUGGCCUUGGAUACCGCCUACGCAGACGGAGAGGCGAACUCGCCGUUUGCACCCAAGAAAGUCCCAACCAAGCCGCUUGAUAUAGAGGUAGAGUUUCUAGGGAUGGAACGGCAUCCAGCCUAUAAGGACGCCCUAGCCGAAUUUCACGCUGCGCAAAAGAUUUGCCAAGACAAGGCCGCCAUACGAGCAGAUAAAAGCCGCCAGGAGCAAGAGGAACUCGAUAAUAUCAAUCGAGCAAAAGCAGGAGGAACAAUGUCCGAGUGUGGGUGUUGUUUUGACGAAUUUCCUCUGAACAGAAUGGUUCACUGCAAUGGCGAUGAGAUUCACUGGUUCUGCCGCGGCUGCACGAAGCGAAUGGCGGAGACCGAGGUUGGCCUUUCCAAAUAUCACCUCGCGUGCAUGUCCAUGGACGGCUGCACGGGGGGCUUCUCGCGGGAUCAGAGGGAGAUAUUCUUGACUAAGGACCUGGCAGCUGCCUUGGAGCGGAUUGAGCAGGAGGCCAUUCUACGCAUGGCGGGUAUUGAGAACCUCGAGACAUGCCCCUUUUGCCCUUAUGCGGCCGAAUAUCCUCCGGUGGAGGAGAACAAGGAGUUCAAGUGCGACAAUCCCCAAUGCGAAGUGGUAAGCUGCCGGCUGUGUCGGCAAGUGACCCACAUACCCAAGACCUGCGAAGAGGUAGUACGGGAGGGGGGCCACAGUGCUCGACGCCAAAUAGAAGAGGCCAUGUCGAAGGCCAUGAUCCGCACAUGUAACAAAUGCAACACACCAUUCAUCAAGGAGAAUGGAUGCAACAAGAUGAUGUGCACACGCAACGGAUGUAGAAAUAUCCAGUGCUACGUCUGCUCAGAGUCGUGUGACUACCGCCAUUUUGACGAUCAAAAUAGGGGUGGGAGAUUAGGCAACUGUCCCCUGUUUGAUAGCGUCGAGAAGCGGCAUGCGGACGAGGUUCGGGCAGCUGAGGAGAAAGCUCGGAAACAAGCCACCGAGAAAAACCCGCACGUCAAAGCCGAACUUUUCGAGAUCAAGUUCUCUGACGCCGUGUUGGAAGACGAGAAGCGCCGCCAGAAUCUUGGCCGAGCUGCGGCUUCCACCAAGUGCCGCGAAGGCAGAAGGCUCAACAACCGGUACCGCAAGUACAGCAUAUCGCUCAACAGCAAGGACAGGAUGUCGCUCAACAGCAAGGACAGAAUGUCGCUCAACACGUCGAGGACAUCCAUCGACAAGUUCGAAACCGCAUUCGUCAACGAGUUCGAGACGACCGGACGCUCCAGAAUGUCAUGCGUGUGGCAGAAGCAGUACCUGCCAGGCAACGACCCGAGAUAG